AUGGACCAGAUUUACGGUAUUUGUGGCACUGUGGCGGGUACAGGUGAAGAGGACCUCGCCUGCAAAGGAACAAGCAAUGUGACCGUAGCAUAUGCCUGCGAAGGAAGUGCAUUGCACCUGUCUUGUGAACAAGGGGAGCUAAUCCAGGUCUUUCAGGCCAACUAUGGCCGAUUCAAUCUGACAGUGUGUAACCAUCAGGGCAGAACCUCUGGUUGGAACCUACAGUGUGCCUCAGAAACAUCACAAGGAAUUGUGUCAGGAAGGUACAAGUUUAAUAGACUUCUAAGCAGGGAUUAUGUGAUCCCUGGACUUGGGGCAGUUUCUGUGAAAACUUAUGUUCAUAUAAUUGCUAUGGAUCUGUAUGCCACAAUACAACUGGAGAUUGCCUAUAUCAUUGUAGGAGGGGUUACGAAGGCAGCAGUGUGUUCGGCAGGGACCUGGGGUGACAAUUGUGGAGAAUCCUGUGAGCCUGGUUGUAGUGGAGGAAACUGCAAUCACAUAACUGGCAUCUGUAGCUCAGGUUGUGUACUGGGUUACAAUGGAAAGUUUUGUGACAAGAAAAAUGAAAUAGUUCUUAGAGUAGCUAGCUUGGAUGUAACUGUUGAACGAGAGCUUCCGUUAAUAGUCAUGGUGCAAAACUUUGACCCAGUGCAUUCAAAAGUUUACAUACAUUUUAUUGAUGGAGAGCCUUGUAACUUAACCAGUGGUUGGCAUGAGAUACCAGAAGAAUCCCCAGAAAUUCAAGUAUACCAUGGAAUUACAUUGAAUGUAACUGGCUUCUCCCACAAGCAUGAGAUUCGUCAUAUGUUCUCGCUACAAACAACAGAAGUUAACCUAACUUUGGACAACCUGGGCGUCAUCAGCUAUUACAAUCUUACCUUCAACCCUCAGCAACAUCAGCUUAUCCUUGACUGCUUUCAAAAUGCAUCGAUAGAAAAUACUACUACUGAUAUUUUAACACCUUUCCAAGCUGAGCGAAGCUUCAUGACCCAAUACUAUAUCAAUUGGAAUCUUGACGAUGAUUGCCUUGGUACUUAUGGCACUGUCACUGAAUUGGGCUACAUUGAGAUCACAAAGAACAGAUUGAUAGCCUCAAUGGGCCCUGUAUUCAACUCAAACCAGCGUUAUAAUCAACCACUGGUGCUUGAUGCUAGCUUUUCCUCUGAUCCUGAAGGAACUUUGACAGUUGCAAAUUUCCAGUUUGUGUGGACCUGUGUGAUGGAUGAUGUGCUUCCUUGUUCCAUUGUAGGCAUAAAUAUUGCAAGCGACAAUAUCACCAUGCCUCAUACAAGUGCUGUUGUAACACUUAACAGCCAGUCUCUACAGAUAAACAGCAGCUACAUGUUUGAGGUGACUGUGAGCACCCCAGAAAGACUCAGCGGAAAGGCCAGGCGCCAGGUCGUCAUCAAGAACGAUAUGCAUCCACAGUUAGAAAUGAUGUGUCUGAGUAACUGUUGGAAUAAAAAGGUGCCUGGAGUAAACUGGGAGUUAUCAUUGUAUCAGAGUCAGAACCCAAAGUAUUUCCAUCCAUGGUCAACAAUGGACAUUGCCUGGACUGUGUACAGGGGCAGUGACCUCAUCCACCAAGUGUUAAACACUACCAAUUAUUUACUAGUGGAAGGCAACCUGAUACACUUCGACACCACUUACAGCAUUCAUGUUGACUUUAAAGUAAAAGUUACGGAUGACUUUGAUUUGCUUGGCUCUUCCCAGCUGUUGAAUGUGAACGCCAAUGACUUGCCUGUAAUGGGGUCUUGUGAUUGUAAUCCAGCCCGAGGAUUCUCCGAUAUCUCCACAUUUACCAUCAGUUGUACUGGAUUCUAUGACAGCGACACUCUGUUAACAUACACACUGGUCACAAAUGGUACAGUGAUGGAAAAAGGAAGCUCUGGCAGUUUCUUUGAUGUUAACUUGCCUGGUGGUAUCAGCACUACAGAUUACUAUCCUGACAUCGCAGUAGAAGUCAUGGACGUAUUAAACGGCUCUGUAACGUACAAUGUCACAGUGCAGGUAUACCCAUCUCUAGCUGAGUACACAGAAAAUAUCAACCAGUCUCCUGUCAGUUCCUCUGGAUGCGUGGUCAGUCCAGAGAGUGGAUAUGCUCUGGUGACAAACUUCUCUGUGAUCUGUGGUGAUUUUUCAGAUUUGGAUCCUCCAUUGAUGUACUAUCUAUAUUACAAAGGACAAACAGAGUUGCUGCUGUAUAAAGGGAACAGUACUGCAACAACUUUCUUCUACCUCAGUGAAGGUCAAGGAGAGAACAACACCGCCUCUCUGGUGUUUAAGGCUAAUGACAUGUACAAAGCUGCCACAGAAAUAAAUCUAUCUGUACAGGUUUUACCCUUCGAUACUUUGGGCACAGAUGUCCUGAAUUUUGUGCAAGACAACUUUCUUUCAGGAGAAACAGACCAUAGGCACCCUCGAUUGUUAACUGUUAACUUUGUUAAUCAAGGUGAACCUGCUGAGUUGACAUUGCAGACCAUUGGUUCCCUAGGCAAUGUCAUCAAUGAAGAUAUAACAAGUGCUAAUUACACAAAUGAAACACAAGCUGCAGAGCGACUAAAUUUGAGGGCACAGAUGAGGGAGUCACUGACCGAGUCGCUACUGAUUGCUGACAUAGAACCAAACUUUGAUGAAGUCAACCAAGUCUCUCAAGUACUGGACUCUCUGAUCAGUGUGAAGGAGGAGGUCACUGAGAAACAGGAGGAGUUGACUGUUAUAGUAUUUGGAAAUCUAACAGAAAAAUUAGAUGAUGUUGGAAAGACUGAUGCUUUAGAGACGAGAUCUACAUCAAAGAAUUUAUUGGCCUCAAUGGGAAGUUUUCUGACUAUUAUAAAGGACAGAGGGACAUCAAUUAAGAAAAUUAAUACAACUGCGUCUGGUCAGAUCACAGACUCGUCAAAGAAGGAAAAGUUAGAAAAGGUGAAAGAGAACACGUUACAGAUGCUGUCCUCUGUAGAGAAAGUUGUAGACAUAUUGACGGACACAAUACAAGUUGCCAAUGAACCUGUGAUCGUUCAGACACCUGCUAUGGCGAUCAGAGUCCAAGAAAUAACGGCAGACAACAAGUCAUCAGAAGCAAACCUCACGCGAGCUGUCCUAGCCGAUAAUUCCAGUAUUGGUUUUCUACUGCCACCUACACAUAUUCUCAGACAAUCAGUCCCAGGAGGAGAUAACUCUUCAGUUUUUACACAGAUUGUAGUAACUAAGGACAACAUGUACAACUGGGAUGAGUCAGCUGACAGAAUUACGUCCUCUGUUGUUGAUAUCGUUGUCAAGGACAAAAACCUUCAGACAUUGACGCUAAAGAACAUGUCUAACCCUGUUACUCUCCAGUUUGAAACUGACGGUCAUAAUUUGACAUCCCAUGUGCUGAAGUUUACAUAUGACACAUCAAGAAAUCAAGUCAUCUCAAGCAGCAUCCUGAAGGUCAGCAUGACUGACCUUGAUCCAGUUAUGUUCAUAAUGGUAUACAUCCAGAUUACAGAACUGGAACUUACCUUGGUGGUGUACAAUUCUACAGAAGAUGACAAGAUAUCUGCCGGUACAGUUCAGCAAAAUGGCACUCAUAUAGCAGUUAGUCAAUCAGAGGAUGAUGUCACAUCACUAAUGUUUGAGGUAUCCAAAGAACUGUAUUUGAGUAUUGCUGUUAAAGAAGGACAGAGCAUCACAGUGAAUCAAACAGAUGGACCAUAUGUAGCCACUAAUGUCUCCAUCAGGAUAGGAACCACCAAAACCAUGUGUGGCUUCUAUAACAAUGUCACCGAUCAGUGGUCAGAUGAUGGCUGUUGGAUGUCUCCUCUUAAAGAACUGGCCACAGUGACUUGCUCUUGCGACCACCUGACUGCCUUUGCUGCAGGUUUCAUCAUUGUGCCUAACUUGGUAGACCCUAUUGGUGAUGCUGCUCUUUUCUUGACCUUCUUUGAUAAUCCUGUGGUUGUCAUCACAGUAUUGGUAGUAUGGAGCCUCUACCUGAUAAUGAUGGUGUGGGCAAGGCGCACAGACAGGGUGGAAAGCAUGAAGGGAGGUGUCAGUGUGCUGGAGGAUAAUUGUGCUGAGGACAAACACGUGUAUGUGGUGGGGCUUGUAACAGGCUGGUGGAGACAUGCAGGCACCACUGCUAAUGUCUACAUGUAUAUCUGUGGUGACCAAGGCUAUAGCUCAAAACACUUGUUGUCUGAUGGCAUCGCCCAACACUUUCAGACAGGAGCAGAAGACUGGUUUGUUCUGACCACACCAAGGAGUUUAGGAGAAUUGCGGCGUAUUGUGGUGUGGCAUGACAACUCUGGGGAAAGUCCUCCAUGGUUCCUGAAACAAAUAGUGAUCAGAGAUGUACAAUCCGAGAAGAUCUGGCAUUUUCUCUACAACAACUGGUUAGCUGUUGACAGAGGAUUAGGGCAAAUCAAGGCACAGAUUCAUUCUCUUACCCAAGACGACCUUGUUAAAAACUCGCUGUAUCAGUUUGGUCUGCAGUCUAGUAAAGACCUACAGAAUAACCACCUGUGGAUUAGUAUCAUCUCCUGUCCAGCUUACAGCCCUUUUACUCGUGUACAACGCUUAUCCUGUGCCCUGUCUCUCCUGCUGACCACCAUGCUGGCCAGUCUGAUGUUCCAUGGAAUACCCACAGACGAUCCUGCUGACCAGUAUAGUACAAGCGGCAUCACUCUGUCUCUCUCGGACAUUGUCAUUGGGAUAGAGAGUGGACUCAUUAUGUUUCCUGUUAACUUCAUCAUCAUGCAGUUGUUCACUAAAUUGGACCAUAGACCUUCCAAACUUUCCAGAAGGAAAUAUUACCAGGUUAAAAACCCUGUGGGAGAAGAUGAACUGAUUGAACUUGGUGCAAACAGAAGCGAAGCUGAGUUAAACAAAAGCAGGCAGCCACAAAAAAGGCCAUUCCGGUUUCCUUGGUGGAUGAUCUAUAUUGCCUGGACGUUGGUUCUGUCCACUGCCGUCAUCUCCUCUUACUUUGUCAUGCUGUACGGUCUGAUGUAUGGCUACCAGAAGUCCAUUGAAUGGCUGGUGUCCUUUUUCACUGGAUUCUUCCAGAGUGCCUUUGUCACUGAACCCCUCAAAGUUUUUGUUAUAGCAGUUCUUCUGGCUUUCAUAUUUAAGAAACCAGUAGAAUUUGAGAUUCUCAACCAGAGAGACAUCAUGAAGCUAGAGGAGGGAGAAGAUUACUGCCAAACUGAGCUGCUGAAGAAGCAAGGGAUUACACUCUCCUCCAUUGCUCCAGUGAAACAAGCAGUACACCCAGCCAUGCCUAAACAGAUGCUAAAAGCUUUGCGGGAGAGACUUCAUCUAGAGGAGCGCAUCACCAUCAUCCUGAGGGAGAUGAUUAUGUAUUUCACUUUUGUGGCAGUCGUGUUGUUUAUGGUCCAUGGUCAUCAAGAUGUGGCCACAAAUUAUAGUGCAACAAAGAAUACUGAAGAUAUGUUGGUGAAUGGAAAAUACACACCUGUCCGGCUUGAUGAGGUGAAGAAGGUUGAAGAUAUGUGGGAGUACCUUAGAGGUACAGCUCUGCCUAUGCUUUACAGUGAUACAGGAAGAAUGGCUAAUGAUGUCAGCUACUUGGCAGGAACUGCCAGACUGCGACAGAAACGUAUAGAGAAGGAUAUAUCUUGCUAUAGAGUAAACACAGAGGUUUUUGCUUCACUCUUUCCCAAACUGGAUUGUGAAGUACCAUUUUCAGCUGGUGAUGAAGAGUGGGGAUCAUUCAACGAAUCCUGGUCUCAGCCACUGCCUGAAGGAUAUCAGCUUCCUGAAAGUAAUCCGUGGAAGUAUCGUUCAUCCUGGGAACUCAAGACAAUUCCUUUUGUCGGGACAUUCGCUUCAUAUUCAGGCGGAGGUUAUGUUAAAGAGCUGCCAUCUGAUCACUAUGCUGCAAAUGUUACUCUCAAUAACCUCAUAUCACAGGAAUGGGUUGACAAGCACACACGAGCCAUUUUCUUUGAAUUCACAUCCUACAAUCCUAACGUUGAUUUGUUUACAGUGGUCGUGAUUAUUUUUGAACAGUCUAACAUAGGAAACAUGCUGACUUAUUAUCAAUUUUUCUCCUCCAAGCUGAAUCACUAUGACUCGGAUUUAGGCAAGUUUGUUGCAGCAUGCGAGUCCCUUUUUCUCCUCUACCUGGUAGGCUUUACAUAUUUUGAGAUCAAAAAGUUCACAAAAUUACAGAAAGCUGAAUAUUUCUCAGAUACAUGGAGCUAUUUUGAAAUCAUGAUAAUUUCACUUGGUUAUUGCACAAUAGGGCUAUUUUUCCAGAGACUUGUCAUGGUCAAUAGUGUUCUGUCGGAAUACAGAGAAAACGGACCCGACAGAUUUACUAGUUUCUAUACGGCUGUGUUUUGGGACUUCGUCUUGACAUACGUGAUGGCAGCUCUUGUCAUGUUAGUUAUUCUUAAAGUUUUCAAAUUAUUCCGAUAUAACACAAAGACCACUAUUCUUGUACAGACCUUAGCCAGAGCAAGAGGAAAUCUUUUUAAUUUUGCCAUUAUGUUUUUUAUUUGUUUCAUGGCAUUCACUCUGUUUGCUAACUUGGUGUUUGGAUACUGGCUUCUAGACUAUAAAGAUGUUGGCAGUAGUAUCAUUACACUCAGCCAUUUUUUGCUGGGUGUUUCUGAUUAUGGUAAUCUGGAACAAGCUCACUCCGUGCUCGGACCCGCAUUCUUCUUCAUGUUUGCCUUUAUUAUCCAGUACAUUCUGUUGUCAGUUUUUGUGGCUAUCAUCAUCGAGGCCCAGCAUCUCACGCGGAAGAUCGGAGAAAAUGAGCUUGCUCUCACAAAAUUUGUCUAUGAAAGAGUUCUCCUCAUGAUAGGGGCCAUCAAGCGAUCAGAUUACAUAUAA